AAAGGAAUAUUAAAACCUAAGAAACCUGGAGAAUGGGAUCGAGAAUGGGAUGCUGGAAAAAUAAGUGUUGAAAAUUGGAAGGAGAAUGUACCCGAUAUUGAUAGUAGCAAAGGACCAAAUGCGCAUUUUUUGCGUCGAUUCAAAAAUCGCAAUAAUAUUGCUAGAAGUAACAAUAACGUCACAUCGAAAAAAGCAACUGAAAUUACAGAGAAGAAACAAAAAUUAGAAGAUGCUAAAGAUACAAUUUGCAAUGAAACAAACAAAAGCAUAUCAUUAUCAAACAAAAAAAUAUUUAAUGGAAAAAAUUCGAAAAAUCGGAAGAAUUCCACUAAUGGAAACAAUGACAGUGGUGCUGGAUUACGGAAAACUCGUUGCAUGAAACCGGUAAGUAGACCAAAACCGUCUCAUGCAUCUUCCAAUGGACAACCAAACAGGCAACAGCAAUCCGGAACAUACAAGAAGUCAUCAUCCGGAUCACUCAGAAAGCCAUAUUCUACACGACGAAUUGCAUCAACUGGUGUUGCUAAUGUUCCGGUACCAACAGUUGCUACGCAAUAUUUGGAUACAGUUAAAGUGAAUCUUUCAAUGCUUGAUGAUUUAAAAAAGGAUAUACAGACAAGCGCUAAAAGCAAUAAUAAUAUUGGUAAAGUUGAUAACAACAGUCAAAAGCUAUCAACAAUAGUCGUUGACAGUGUGACAGCUUCAACGGUGCCAACUUUAUCCGUUGUUAAAGAAUACGGUAAUUGA